GCCAUAAAAAGCGCCGCAGUAGCGGCCCCGCAGUGUUUUGCGGCCCCGCCCGCCCCCUUUCGCAGCGCAGAGAGCCGGCCGCGUGCGCACUGCUCCGCCGCGCCAGCAUGUCCGCGCUGAGCUCCGCCCGCCGCCUGCUCCUGCUGCGCCCGCCGCAGCUCGCCUGCCCGCGGGCCGCCCGGAGCCGGGGCUGCAGCAGCGCCAGCCCGCGGAACCCGCUGGUCUACCUGGACGUGGGAGCCGACAACCAGCCCCUGGGGCGCGUCGUGUUGGAGCUGAAAGCUGAUGUGGUUCCAAAGACAGCUGAAAAUUUCAGAGCUCUUUGUACCGGUGAAAAGGGUUUCGGAUAUAAAGGAUCCACCUUUCACAGAGUGAUUCCUUUAUUUAUGUGCCAGGCUGGGGACUUUACCAACCACAAUGGCACAGGAGGAAAAUCCAUUUAUGGCAGUCGAUUUCCAGAUGAAAAUUUCAUACUUAAGCAUGUUGGACCUGGUAUACUCUCAAUGGCCAACGCAGGACCCAAUACAAAUGGGUCUCAGUUCUUCAUUUGCACUGCCAAAACUGACUGGCUAGAUGGAAAACAUGUUGUGUUUGGCCAUGUAAAGGAAGGAAUGGAAGUUGUGAAAAAAAUCGAGAGCUUUGGCUCCAAGAAUGGAAAGACAUCAAAGAAGAUUGUCAUUACUGACUGUGGUCAGCUGUCGUAACCCCACUGCCUGUAACUCAGGAGAACUUAGAUGCUGUGAAAAAGAAAAAUGAGGAAGAAGUAUAUCUGAUUUCACUUUUAGGGUUGUUAAUUGCUGAUGUGAAAAUAUAUUUAUUUCUGUUCAAGAUAAUUCAUUGAAGGUACUAUGAUCAGGGACAGUAGAAAUGUGAGGAAUUCUAGUUAAAAAUUUAUUCAACUUAUUGUGGGUAGGGUCUAGAGAGUCCACAUUUUCUAUCUAACUUGGUCCAACUUUUACAUUGUUGUAUAGUAUUAUUUACUAAGAACAAUGAGCAUUUUCUUAAAAUAUGUAUUAGCGUGUUAAA